CACACACACACGCACACACACACACACAAACACACACACACGCACACACACACACACACACAAACACACACACACACACAAACACAAACACACACACACACACACAAACACACACACACACACACACACAUCCAGUGUUCAGCCUGGUACAACAGUCAACAACUAAACAAAAGCUCUGUUGUGCAUCAAACCCACAUCAUUGUUGUUCUCAGUCUGACAGCAGCACCAGGACUCUGCUGGUGGAUCAGAGCCACCAGAACCAUUGGGACCAUCAGAGCCACCAGAACCAUCCAAACCUGGAUCCAGCAUGGAUUCGAAGCGGAUCUCUUCAGCCUCUCAGCAGCAGGUCCGACACAGGCAGAAGCGGACAAAGAGAGAAUGGAGACCGCUGGAGGACCGGAGCUGCACAGACCUGCCUUGGUUCCUGCUCUUCACCGUCUUCUGCGUCGGCAUGGGCAGCAUCUGUGGCUUCACCAUCGCCACUGGAGGCGCCGCUCGCCUGGUCUUCGGCUACGACAGCUACGGCAACACCUGCGGCCGGCGUAACGAGCGGAUCGAAGGCGUGCAGCUGAGCGGGCUUGACCACACCGACAGGAAGUUUGUCUUCUUCCUGGAUCCCUGCAACAUCGACAUUGUCCAAAGGAAAAUUAAGUCCAUGGCGUUGUGUGUGUCCCUGUGUCCCCCCGAGGAACUGAAGACCCACCAGGACCUGAAGAGGUUCGCCAUGACUAAUGGUUCGGAGCUCUGCUCCUAUGAGCUGCCGGCUCAUCGUUACCCGGCGCUACCGGAGCGAUUCUCCAGGUGUCCCAAGCUUCCCGUCCCCCACAGCAAGCCGCUGCCGCUCUUCAACCGCUGCACGCCGGUGGAUAUGUCGUGCUAUGCCAGGUUCGCCGAGGCGGUGGUGACCUUCGUAGGCGACAGCAGCGUCCUGCAUCGGCUCAUCGCUGGCGUCGCUGCCAGCAAAGAGAUCAUCGUCGGACUCUGUGUCCUCGCCUUAGCGCUGUCCAUGGUCCUCAUGGUGAUCAUCCGCUACAUCUCGGCCGUGCUGGUCUGGAUCCUCACCUCGCUGGUGGUGCUGGGCUCCCUGGCGGGGACCAGCGUCCUCUGGUGGCUCUACAUCGACCACCGGCUGUAUGCCAACGACACAUCCUCCAGGGACCCCAGGGAGGCACCAGAGGGGCGUCGUGACAGCGGCCAGGCGCUGCUGGUCUACGCCGCCGCCGCCACCAUCUUCACCAUCAUCCUGCUGCUGCUGAUGCUCUUCAUGCGGAAGCGCGUGGCGCUCACCAUCGCUCUGUUCCACGUCGCAGGAAAAGUCUUCAUCCACCUGCCGCUGCUCACCCUGCAGCCCUUCAUCACCUUCCUCGCCCUGCUCCUCUUCUGGGUUUACUGGAUCCUGGUGCUGCUCUUCCUGGGAACCACCGGGAAUCCGGAGCAGAACGAGGAGACGGGCUUGACGGAGUUCAGGCUGACGGGCUCCCUGCAGUACCUGACCUGGUACCACGCUGUGGGUCUGGUCUGGAUCAGCGAGUUCAUCCUGGCCUGCCAGCAGAUGACCGUGGCUGGCGCUGUUGUCACCUACUACUUCACCAGGGAUAAGAACCGGUUGCCAGUGACGCCCAUCUUGUCGUCGGUUCUGAGGCUGGUCCGGUACCACCUGGGAACCGUUGCUAAGGGGUCCUUCAUCAUCACAUUAGUGAAGAUCCCCCGCCUUGUCCUGAUGUACGUCCACAACCAGCUGAAAGGACGUGAGAACAUGUGCGCACGCUGCCUGCUGAAGUCCUGCAUCUGCUGCCUGUGGUGUUUGGAGUGCCUCAACUACCUGAACCAGAAUGCAUAUGCAGCCACUGCCAUCAACAGCACCAGUUUCUGCACAUCGGCCCGGGACGCUUUUGUCAUCCUGGUAGAGAACGCGCUGCGGGUCGCCACCAUCAACGCCGUGGGAGACUUUGUGCUCUUCCUGGGGAAGGUCCUGAUAAUGACAUGCACAGCAUUCGCCGGCGUCCUGCUCCUCAACUACCAGCGGGACUACGCCGAGUGGCUGCUGCCGCUCAUCAUCGUCUGCCUCUUCUCCUUCUUGGUGGCCCACUGCUUCCUGUCCAUCUUCGAGAUUGUGGUGGACGUCUUGUUCCUGUGCUUCGCCAUCGACACCAAGUACAACGACGGCACCCCUGGGAAGGAGUUCUUCAUGGACAAAGCUCUGAUGGAGUUCGUGGAGAGCAGUCGGCGACUGGAGCGCGCGGGCGGACGUGGGCGGAGCCGGGUGAAAGAGGCGGGAUCGGAGGGGGCGGAGAUGAAGCCCAUGGUGAGUGAUCGCGGUGCCGGAGGGAGCGUGGCCAAGCGGAACUGCUCGUCCGCGUUGGGGGCGGGGCCACACUGGGGCGAGGGCGGGGAGUGGGAGGAGCUUCAGGAGUUCCAGGUGUAUUGCCUGCUGGUGGGGGUGCUGGUGGACUGGGUGCUGGCAGAGCAGAGAGACCUGGUCCUCUGCCUCAGCGAAGACGUCGUCCUCUUCCUCUGCGUCUGCCUGCCCACCUCCACCCUCUUCCUGGUCGUCAGCCUGCUGCAUGCGCCAAGCCCCGCCCCCCUCGCCGAGUCCGCCUCCAAGUCAGCCGCCAUCACUACCGCGUGCUAACAACAGACUAACUCUGGAUGAACACUAGUGCAUGCUUCAUCACCUCCAUCAUCAUCAUCAUCACUCUGCUGCUUGAACUAUUUAUGUUUCCUUCUUUUUUAUUUUUGUACUUUUUUAUGGAGAAUAUUUUUAUAAAAAUCUUCCAGCA